AUGUCGUAUAAAUUUGUUCAGGUUCUUCUGUUUGUAUGCGUGCUCAAUGGCUUGGUCCUAGGCAAAGCUGAAGAAAAAGAAAAUUUUGGCACCGUUAUUGGUAUCGAUUUAGGAACAACAUACAGCUGUGUAGGAGUAUUUAAGAAUGGCCGUGUAGAAAUUAUAGCUAAUGACCAAGGAAAUCGUAUAACACCUUCAUAUGUAGCUUUCACCGCUGAUGGUGAACGCUUAAUUGGCGAUGCUGCGAAAAAUCAGUUAACAUCCAAUCCAGAAAACACUGUUUUUGACGUAAAACGAUUAAUUGGGCGGAAUUGGAAUGAUAAGACAGUGCAGAAAGAUAUUAAGUACUUUCCCUUCGCUGUGAUUAGUAAGAAUGGUAAACCACACAUUGAAGUUGACGUUAAAGGUAAUAAGAAAGUUUUUGCUCCUGAAGAGAUUAGCGCUAUGGUGUUGUCAAAGAUGAAGGAAACUGCAGAAGCCUAUUUGGGCAAGAAGGUUACUCACAGCGUAGUUACUGUACCUGCUUACUUCAACGAUGCCCAGCGCCAAGCUACCAAGGAUGCCGGUACUAUUACUGGUAUGACUGUAAUGAGAAUCAUCAACGAGCCUACCGCAGCGGCUAUAGCAUACGGUCUAGAUAAAAAAGAGGGAGAAAAGAAUAUAUUGGUUUUCGAUUUAGGUGGGGGAACGUUUGAUGUAUCAUUAUUGACUAUUGACAAUGGUGUUUUCGAGGUAGUUGCCACAAAUGGUGACACUCAUUUGGGAGGUGAAGACUUUGAUCAACGCGUAAUGGAAUAUUUCAUCAAAUUGUACAAAAAGAAGAAAGGUAAAGAUAUAAAGAAAGACAAUCGCGCUGUGCAGAAAUUACGCCGAGAAGUUGAAAAAGCUAAGCGUGCUCUUAGCUCUCAACAUCAAACAAGAGUCGAAAUAGAAUCAUUGUUGGACGGGGAGGACUUUUCCGAAAGUUUAACUCGUGCUAGAUUUGAAGAACUGAACAUGGAUCUUUUCCGUUCGACUCUAAAGCCGGUACAGAAAGUCUUGGAAGAUGCUGAAUUAAAGAAAGGCGAAAUUCAAGAAAUCGUUUUGGUUGGUGGUUCCACUCGUAUUCCUAAAGUUCAACAAUUGGUUAAAGAUUUUUUCAACGGUAAAGAACCAAGUCGCGGUAUCAACCCUGAUGAAGCUGUUGCCUAUGGUGCGGCUGUUCAAGGAGGUGUUUUAAGUGGAGAGGAGAACACCGGUGAAGUUGUGCUCCUUGACGUUAAUCCCUUAACCCUUGGAAUCGAAACUGUUGGUGGAGUAAUGACGAAGUUGAUAACUCGCAACUCUGUUAUACCCACUAAAAAAUCGCAGAUUUUUUCUACCGUUAGCGAUAACCAACAAGUAGUUACCAUUAAAGUAUACGAGGGUGAACGUGCUAUGACGAAAGACAAUCAUUUACUCGCAAAUUUUGAUCUUACCGGUAUUCCACCAGCACCACGUGGAGUUCCACAAGUUGAAGUUACGUUUGAAAUCGAUGUGAACGGCAUCUUAAGAGUUUCAGCUGAAGAUAAAGGUACUGGUAAGAAGGAAAAAAUCACUAUAACCAACGAUCAGAACAGAUUAUCACCAGAUGAAAUUGAUCGUAUGAUUAAUGAUGCUGAAAAGUUUGCUGAUGAUGAUAAAGUCCUCAAAGAAAAGGUGGAAGCAAGAAAUGAACUUGAAAGCUUCGCCUACUCGCUUAAAAAUCAAAUUAGCGACAAAGAAAAGCUAGGAGGAAAGCUGUCCGAUGAGGAUAAGAAAACCAUCGCAGCUGCUGUUGAGGAUAAAAUUCAAUGGUUAGAAUCAAAUCCAAAUGCUGAAACCGAAGAAUUAAAAGCAAAAAAGAAGGAAUUAGAUGACGUUGUCCAACCAAUUACAACAAAGCUAUAUAAAGAUUCUCCACCACCACCACAAGGCCAAAACGCUGAUGCUGCUGGUGAUGGUGAAAGUGCUGACGGCAGCAGCGAUAAAGAUGAAUUAUAAGAGUAUUUAUAAUAAUCUCAUUUUCAUCUAUUAAGAACUGUUCGGAAUUAUUCAAAAGCAAGCCAUUCCAACAAAUGUGAAAAUCAUGGCUAUUUCACUGAUCAUUUUUAUUGUUGUGAUGGUAUGCAUAAUACUUUGAAAAAAC